UUUUUUUUUUUUGUUUUGCUCCUGCAUCCACAUUUCAUUCCAUUCUUAUUUCCUCCAUCCUACUCUCUUCCCUUCAAGUAAAAAAGAAAAGAAGGAAAGAACGAGAAAGGAAAAGACUUCCAUAUCAUUAAUAUACUCUUCUUUUUUAAACACACACACAUAUAUAUAUAUUAAUAUAUUCAAGAAAAAUGUCGUCGUCCCUGGCUGCUUAUAAGGGCCCGAAGCCCGUUGCAAAGCAUAAUGACAUGGAGGAGGAUGAAGACGAUGUUUUGAUCUCGGCUGAUACCCUGCCAGGACAUGGAAACGCUACUGGACACACUGCCGAGACCGAGGCUAAUGCUGAGGAUAUGGACAUGGAUAAUGAAGUGGAAAAACCAAAGUUCAAAGCUUUAAGCGCCAACCAAAUGACUAGCAAAAAUUCAGCCCAACAACGCAAGAUCCCUAUUCCUCCACAUCGUAUGACACCAUUGAAAAACGAAUGGAUGAAAAUAUACUCUCCCUUGGUUGAUCAUCUCAAACUUCAAGUUCGUAUGAAUAUCAAGUCCAAAUCUGUUGAAAUUAGGACAUCAAAACAUACAGUUGAUACUGGAGCAUUACAGAAAGGAGCCGAUUUUAUCAAAGCUUUUGCUCUGGGAUUUGAUAUUGAUGAUGCCACCGCAUUGUUAAGAUUGGAUGAUUUAUAUCUGGAUUCGUUUGAGAUCAAGGAUGUCAAGACUUUGAAUGGUGAUCAUUUGUCGCGUGCUAUUGGUCGUAUUGCAGGAAAGGAUGGAAAGACCAAGUUUACAAUUGAGAACGCUAGCAAAACUCGUAUUGUCCUUGCAGACACUCGUAUCCAUAUCUUGGGAUCUUUUCAAAAUAUUAAGACUGCUAGAGAUGCUAUUGUGGCACUUAUCUUGGGUUCGCCACCCGGCAAGGUCUACUCAACACUGCGAACCAAGGCAGCUCGUAUGAAGGAGCGUUUUUAAAAAAAAGAAAGAAAAGAAAUUAAAUAGAAAAAAAAAAAAAAUAA